GAGAUAUUCUAUAGUUAGGGCAGGUCUGUUCAGGAAAGAGGCAGAGGUAAACUUUUCUCUUUUUGAGUGAAAAAAUUGAUUGGAUGGGUGACUUAGACUGGUGUAAUUUCAUGAAUAGAAGCUGGCAAGUUGAGGUUGUUACCUCUCUUGUGAAGGUGCAGCACUUCAGAUGUAGCAAAAGUCACCGAGCUUCUAAGUCAUGCAGAUACUUAUGAAGGCCACCUUCAACGAAGGCAUGAGCACUUCUGUUUUUGUGUUCUAUAGGCAAUCAGUGGCAACUCUCUUCUUAGUUCCUGUUGCUUUUCUACUUGAAAGGAAAAGAGCUCCACCACUGCAAUAUAUGGUUGCACUCAAGAUCUUUGCACUUGCCUUUUGUGGGAUUUCUGGAUCGAUAAACAUUUACAACAUUGGUCUCAAUUAUACUACUGCAACCUCAGCAUCUGCAAUGUUCAACAUCAUGCCCGUGAUUGCCUUCAUUUUGGCUGUUCUAUUUAGGAUGGAAACUGUCAAGUUAAAUAGGAUGCAUGGAAUGGUGAAAACCUCAGGAAUUGUGCUCUGCUUGGCAGGUGUGAUAACAUUGGCCCUCUACCAAGGGCCUGAGCUGAAACUCUUCACUCAUCGCUACCUUCUUCAUCAUACAGGGAGUCGCACUCAUGGAGCUUCUUCGACCCACUCUAAAAAGUCAUGGGUCUUGGGAGUUUUCCUCAUGGUCAUGAGCACUGCAGCAUGGGCUUUGUGGGCAGUGCUCCAGGGACCUUUGUUGUUGGAGUAUCCUUCUAAGCUUCUUAAUACUGCUCUUCAGUGCCUCUUUUCGACCAUUCAAUCUUUCUUUUUAGCUUUAAUCAUUGAGAGGGAUUUCUCUAGAUGGAAGAUUGGCUUGGAUGUAACCCUCAUCUCGGUGAUUUACUGUGGUAUCAUUGUAAGCGGAGUUGCACACUACUUGCAGUCAUGGACAAUAGAGAAGAAGGGCCCGGUGUUUUUAACCAUGUCGAUGCCGUUAACUCUAGUCAUCACAAUCAUACUGUCCACAAUUCUGUUGGGAGAAGCAAUUUGCCUUGGAAGUGUCUUAGGUGGAAUACUUUUGGUUGGGGGCCUCUACAAUGUUCUUUGGGGGAAGAGGAUGGAGGCAUUACACAGCAAAAUAGAAGCAAGCAAUGGGGCUGAAGCUUCCAUGGAGGAAAAGGAAAAGGAAACACAAGUCUGAAAGGAACUCCCUCCUCAUCUUAGAUGCAUAUGAAUUUGUCGCUGCAUACACGGCUCGCGCGAUGAUGUUCGCUUCACGCCGAGAUCUGGAGAGGGUCAGAUGUGUAAAAGGUCUUAGCCCUGCAUACUGAGAGAGACUGUUUCUGCGACUUGAAACUCGAUUGUGACACCCAGAUUGCACUGCAUGUAACAUAAGGGAUAUAAUGUUGCCUAAGUAUGUGUUUGAUUAAAUACUCUUGAUGUUGUCAUUUUAGUUGUAUUAUUAAUUCAUGGUUGGAAUAAUCAGAGUGUUAUUUAUGAAUAUAUUGGCAAAUUGAUGAAUAA